AUGACGGUCCCCAUGACUGAAACUGGCUUCAUGAUUCCAGAUUUUACACGAAUUGAAUUUAAAUUCCACCAGCCGGCGUCGGUCAAUGAUAAACCCGAGGAUGGAGACGAUGUAGGGGAUUGUACUGCUGGAGGACAACAGAGGUACAGGGGGCGGAAGCGUCCGGCGGAGCCCGGCCGCCCGGGGACCUCCCUCGCUCGGCUGUGCCGUGACCCCCACCCCCGCUCUCUCUCCUUCCGCCCGCAGGCCAUAUUGAAUAACCAGGGGAAGAAGUUCUGGGAGACGCCGGCCUCAACCUGGGACGACAUCAAUAACGUUGGCCUGCGGGGCCACUAUAUCUGCUCGGUGUACGCGGCCCAGAUGAUGGUGGAGGCGAAACGGGGGCUCAUCGUCGUCAUCUCCUCCAUGGGCGGACUGCGCUACAUCUUCAACGUGGCUUACGGCGUUGGCAAGGCCGCAUGUGAUCGACUGGCAGCAGACUGUGCCCAUGAGUUGCGGAGAGAUGGUGUGUCAUAUGUGUCCCUGUGGCCCGGAGCGGUGCGUACUGAGACUAUCACUGAAUUGAUCAUCAACAGGGAGGUGAAAACCAAAGCAGAGCAGCAGAUGGUGGACAUGUUCACCAGCGGCGAGACCCCUGAGAUGAGCGGGAAGUGCAUCGUCGCCCUGGCGACAGAUAAGAACCUGAUGAAGAAAUCAGGCAAGGUGCUGAUGACCUGCGACCUGGCCGCGCACUACGGAAUCAAGGACGUGGACGGCCGAACCCUGGUGGACUACCGGUCAGUGAAGUUCCUCUUGCGGCAGCUGCCAGGCCUGAGCUGGCUGGCCCCCUUCAUACCCGGUUUCAUCAAGGUCCCCAAAUGGGUCUUAGCCCUGGCCGCCAAUAAAUUCUAAAUCCCUCCCUUCCUCUCACCCAUCCCACCCCUCCUUAGGCCUUGCCUAACCCCGCCCCCCCCCCCACC